AUGGUCCCUCCAACUGUCUCAACCAUCUUAAGCUCUAUUGCUGCUCGCCGUACUAUUUAUAACUUGAAACCUGUAUUACCAACAGGCAUCAAUUUGAAAGAUGUGCAAAAAAUUAUUCAAGCUAUCAUCAAAGAUACACCAACUGCAUUCAACUCUCAACCAAAUCGUGCUUUGAUCUUGACUGGGGAAGCCCAUAGGAAAAUAUGGGAACAAGUUACUGAUUCAAUCGAGGCGGAAUCUGGUAAAAAAAGACCAGCUUCAGUUAAGAAUGAAGCCUUUGGUUCUGUUAUCUUUUUAACCGAUGAUCAAACCACCGAAAACUUACAAGCUAAAUUUCCAGCUUGGGCUGCAUUUUUCCCAACUUUUGCUUCUCACGCCAGCGGUGCUGCUCAAAUUUCCUCUUGGACUACUUUAGAGGCUGCCGGUCUUGGAUGCCAUUUGCAACAUUACAAUGGGUAUAUUAAAGCUGCUUUGGGUUCAAAAAUCCCAAGUAAUUGGACUGUUCAAGCUCAAUUAAUUUUUGGUGUUCCAAAAGAACAACCUGGUGAAAAAACUUACAUAGAAAAUGAAGUCAAGGUUAUUUCUGUGUUAUAA